GUGCCUUCGCCCUCGUCGGUGCUGUUGCAACUCGACUUCGUCUGUCCGGUUCUAGUUCGCCUCUGUCUCCCCCCCGGACGACAGAAGUUCCCUAUUCGUGCAGGGGAUGAGCAGGAGCAGUCCCUAGGCCGGAUAUUUUGGAUUUGCAGUACAUGGUACUGUAAAGACUCGGCGUGAACCAGGACCCCGCACCAUGGAGCCAACAGUGAGUGAAGAGAGCGCGCAAUACGAUACUAACAACACCAACUCGGACACCUCACCAGCUUUCAGCUAUGAUGAUGUGUUCCCUGCACUACCUGAAUCCAACAAUGUUGCUGCCCCCACCGGCAACACUCUUGGACAAUGGAACAACAAAAUGAGAAUCAGCAACUCCAACAUUGCUCAGGUUUUCCACGUGCCAUGUGAGGAACGUCGUGAUUCCAGCCAUAAGUUUGGAGAAGGAGAAUCCAACCAUAACUGCCUGCAUAUCAUGAAAGAGACUUCUACUGUUAUUGAAAUUUCUGUAAACAAAGAUCAAUCUUUGACCUUCCUUGUUCAAGGCAAGCCAAGUGCCGUGCUAGAGGCAAAGCGUAAAAUCCUGCAGCAAUUCCAGACCCAAGCAAUGCACAAGAUUCAUAUUCCUCAAGACCACCAUCGUCUUAUUUUAGGGAGAGCAGGACAGCGUUUGAAAGAUUUAGAGAAGGCAACUGCUACUAAAAUCACCAUCCCAAGACAGAAUGAUGAGUCUGAUGUCAUUACCAUCACUGGUACUAAGGAGGGUAUUGACAAAGCUGUGCAUGAGAUCAGUAUCAUUUCUGAUGAGCAUUCUCGACAAGCUAAUGAGAGAGUGGAGAUUCCCAAAAUCUUCCAUCCAUUUAUCACUGGUGCCAACAAUGAGAAAGUGAAUGCUUUAAUGGAAGAAACUGGAGUCAAAGUCCAUAUUCCACCACCUUCUGUGAUGAAAGAUGAGAUAUCUAUUGCUGGUGAAAAACAGGGUGUACAAGUGGCCAAGGAACGCAUUUUGCAGAUUUAUGAAGAAAUGAAGAAAAGAUGUGCCACUGUCAGCAUUCAGGUUCCCAAAGCUCAACAUAAAUACAUCAUUGGCCACAAGGGCUCUGCAAUCAAUGAAAUCUUGUCAUUGACUGGUGUGAGUGUUGAGAUGCCUCAUAAUGAGUCAGCUGCAACUUCAAUCACCCUUAGAGGCCCUCAAGACAAAAUUGGAGCAGCUUUGACUAUGGUCUAUGAAAAAGCCAAUAGUGUGGGAACUGAAAUAAUUGAUGCCCCUGCGUGGCUCCACAAAUUCAUCAUCGGUCGGAAGGGUAGCAAAAUCCGGGAGCUGACCCAAGACAUGCCCAAGGUCCACGUUGAAUUUGCUGAAAAAGACAAAAUCAAAAUUGAAGGCCCCCCUGAAGAAGUUGCCAAGGUUGCCGAUGUAUUGCGCCCUCUAGUGGCUGAUAUGGUGCGCAACAUGGUCUCCACUGAAAUUAAUGUCGAUAUUAAAUACCACAAACAUAUCAUUGGAAAAGCUGGUGCCAACAUCAACAAACUGAAGGAUGAUACUGGUGUCACAAUCAAUAUUGCUGAAAACCAUCAUGCCAUUCGCAUUGAAGGCAAUAAGAAAGGAGUUGAACAGGCUAAGCAAGUCAUUGAAGAAAUGGUUGCAAAGAUGGAGAAUGAGAAAGACAAAGAUGUCAUUAUUGACCACCGUUACUUUAAGAGUUUAAUUGGAACUAAGGGAGAAAAAAUUAAAGAAUUGAGAGACAAAUUUAGCGAGGUGCAAAUUGUUUUCCCUACGCUUGGUGAAAACCGUGAUGUUGUCAAAGUAAGAGGACCCAAGAAGGAUGUUGAUGAGUGCUGUAAGUGCCUCACCAAAAUGGUAAAAGAGCUUAAGGAAAGCAGCUAUGUUUUGGAAGUACCUAUUUACAAGCAGUUCCACAAGUUUGUCAUUGGAAAGGCUGGUGCUAACAUUCGGAAGAUUCGUGAUGAAACUCAGACCAAAAUUGAUUUGCCCGGCGAAAAUGACACCAGUGAUGUUAUUAUUAUCACCGGCAAAAAGGAAAAUGUUGAGCAAGCAAAGGAGCAAAUUCAGAAAAUUCAAAAUGAGCUUGCUAAUAUUGUUACAGAUGAACUUAGCAUCCCACCCAAAUUCUACAAUUCUCUUAUUGGUGCUGGUGGUAAAUUGAUUCAUUCCAUCAUGGAAGAUUGUGGGGGAGUCAACAUCAAAUUCCCAGCAGCUGACAGCAAAAGUGAUAAGGUGAUUAUUCGGGGUCCUAAGGAUGAUGUAGAAAAGGCCAAACAGCAGCUUUUGGAGUUGUCAAACGAGCGUCAGCUUUCUUCUGUGUCUGCUGAAGUGCGUGCCAAGUCACAGCACCACAAAUUCCUCAUUGGUAAGAAUGGUGCCAACAUCAAACGCAUUCGAGACUCUACUGGUGCACGCAUCAUUUUCCCAACCGACAAAGAUGAGGACAAAGAGGUGAUUACAAUCAUCGGGAAGAAAGAAUCAGUUGAUGCAGCCAAGGCUGAACUAGAAUCUGUUAUCAAAGAAAUUGCCAAUACAACUGAGAGCUUCAUGACUGUUGACCCGAAACAUCACCGUCACUUUGUUACUCGUCGCGGUGAGGUUCUGCAUCGCAUUUCUGAUGAAUGUGGUGGAGUCUCCAUAUCGUUCCCAAGAGCUAAUGACCCAAGUGAUCAAGUCACACUCAAGGGAGCUAAGGAAUGCAUUGAAGCAGCUAAAACCCGAAUUCUAGAAAUUAUUUCUGAUUUGGAAGCCCAGGUCUCUAUUGAUUGCAUAAUUCCACAGCAACACCACAGAACUAUCAUGGGUACCCGUGGGUCUAAGGUUCAAAAUGUACAGGCAGAACAUAAUGUUCAAAUUAAAUUCCCUGACCGUGAUGAUACAUCUGAGUAUGUACCCAUCAAUCAACAAAAUGGUGAAGGUGAUGGCGAUCAGGCUGCUGUCCGCCGUUGUGAUGUUAUCCGCAUUACUGGCAAGAGUGAAAAUUGCCAAGCUGCAAGCAAUGCAUUGAAAGAUUUGGUUCCCAUCACUGUUGAAGUGAGUGUUCCAUAUGAAUAUCACCGGUCUAUAUGUGGCCAGAAGGGCAAGGAUGUGCGUGAACUCAUGUCUAGGUAUGAUGUUCACAUCAGACUCUCUCCAGCUGAUCAGCAUCUUGAUGUUGUUGAGGUCACUGGAGCCCCUGCUAAUGUUGAAGCUGCUAAGGAAGGUAUUGAGCAGCGUUGCAAAGAACUUGAAGCAGAUCAGGCUGACCGUGCUCUGCGAUCAUUUGAAGUCAAGAUUGAAGUUGAUCCAGAGUACCACCCCAAGAUCAUUGGUCGCCGUGGUGCUGUGAUCACUAAAAUCCGUGCUGAUCACAAUGUCUCCAUCAACUUCCCCAACAAGGGAGAAGCUGAAGCCUCCAUCAUCACUAUUAUUGGAUAUGAAAAGGAUGCAUUAGCCGCUCAGGAAUCAAUCAUGAAGAUUGUCAAUGAGCUGAAUGAACUUACAAAGGAGGAUCUUGACGUGGAUUCCCGAAUCCACUCGCGUCUCAUUGGCAGCAAGGGUCGCAACAUUCGCAAGAUUAUGGAUGAGUAUAAGGUUGACAUCAAGUUUGCCAGAUCCACUGAUCCCAACCCCAACAUCAUGACUGUCAUGGGACAGCCUGAUAACGUUGAAGAAUGCAAAGAACAUAUCCUAAAUGUGGUAGAGGAAUAUAUGCAGGAUAUGUUGGAUGAAGAGUACCGCAAUAGUUUCCUCAAGAAACCAUCCAAGCCUGAUACACCCGCUGCCAAGGAUCCGAAUGAUCCUGGCUUUGUAGUUAAGGGUGCUCCAUGGGAGCAGAAGGCUCCCAAUAUGGAGAGUAAAGAGGAGUUCCCCUCAUUUGGUGGCCCAUCUGCUCCAGCUCCUGCCUCUGCUCCAUCUGUUGGCGGUUGGGGACCUAAGAAAUGGGGUGGUGACAACAACAUGUAUUCUGUGAAUAACUACCAGUAAACUUGUUGGGUGAGUUCAUUGUAAUGAGUUUGAGUUCCAUCUAACAAACUUAUUACCAGGUAAAAUACAGAUUUGCUCUAGAGCUCUGAUGUAAAGUAAAUCAACAAGAAAAACAUCGUAAAUUUGAAAAGCUAGAGGACUGCAUUCAAAGUGGGGAUUUUAAGUGCAUAAACCUCUUCUGUGAAAGUUGACUAAUUUUUUAAUUUGAAACCUUUCAAAUAAAAGCUUUCUUUCACAAAAAAAAAUUGAAAAAAAAAUGUGAAAAGACAAAAAAAGAAAUUCUUGUGGGUGGCAGUUUAGAAUGAGGAUUAUAGUAUUCUCUAAAUACAUUUCCCCCUCCCUUCUAUCGUUUGAAAUGGAACUUUGGUAACAUACCCGGUUUUACUAACCUGGAUUGUCUAUCAUUGCCCCUGUGCGCGCGCAUCUCUCCCCUCACUGUAAGCAGACCUGGCCUGAUUUUCUGGACAUGAGAUUGGCUCCAUUUAUCUGACAUUUGAUGUAACGGAUUUUUUUUUAUUAAGAAAAUGAUAAUACGAUGAAGUGAAAGUUAACAGUCUUCCCAGGUUGGAUGUAGACAGUGUUGAGAUUUCAGUUGAAUUCUCCUGUUUUUGUUCUUUUUGUAAAGUGGUUUAUUUCCUGUCCAUGACUGUUACUUUUCAUUUGGACAAGGAAAUUUUCCUCCCUCAUAAGCGUCGUCUUUGAGACUCUGGGAAAGUCUGUAAUUCCAUCCGUACGUACAAUAGGGAGAGAGAGAUCUCCAGCCUAAGGCUGUGUUUUAAUUUUCCUUGUUUAAUUAGAAAUAUCAAAAUGCAGAAUGAAAUGCCCCAGAGGUAUUGUCAUGAAAUCAAGUUCUAUUAGUUUUUAUUAAUUGUGUGAAUGUACAAUUAUUCUUACCAAAUUUUUCUGCUUGAUUUUGUUUUUGUAUUUAUGUAUAUGUAUUGGAGAGUUUUAUUUAACUUACAUAUAUUUAUCUAAUCAACUGAAGGUGUCCCAUCUUUGGUCAUGUAUUAGGCAAGUGUAUCUGAGAUCUUAGGUGUAACCUAAGACACUCUGACUUUUCAUUUGUACUGUACCCUGUGAAUUAACAGAGCUUUUUAUAAUUGUAAUAUAUAUGAUGCAUGAAUUAUUUUAGUGAUACCCAGAGAUCAUGUAUUUUGAAGGUAUUAUCAAUGUUUUACCUUGCCAAAACUGAAGGUGUUGUGUGAAAUGUUUGAAGAGUUCCCUGUUUCUAUGUAAAGAAACCACAAAAAUGAGCGUUGACAGAGCAAUUCUCAUCUAUUUAUGUAAGGCUAGGAUGAACAAAUUUGUGCUGGACUGUGGGCAGGCUCAGAUUGCAAUAGUGCCUUCUCUUGUUGCCUGUGCCACACUGUAACCCCAAAUUUUCUUACAAAAUGAUGUUAACUAAAAAAUGAAUUUAAAAAUGCUUGUUUGAGGGAGGAAAUUUGACUUGGAGUGGGAGUGUUUACUGACCAUGAAUAAGUGGAAGUGAUUUCCCAAUGAUAUCUUGUUUUGUUUACAUAAACAAUGACAGACUGAAAUAAUAAAAAAAAAGAAAUCUA